GAGAACAUUUCUGGGUGGUUCGCGAACUGGGAGGUAUUAACCACGGCCGAAUGGACAGAGAUCCGUCCUACUAGUGGUGGAUAAAUAUGGCAACGGCGACACGUGUCCCAUUGGUCUCAACCACCUCUUCAAGACUCCGACAUAGCCAUCAAUCGAAUUGGGUGGAGUCUUCAUUCCCAUUAAGACGACAGCCAGGCAGUUACAGGCUCUUUAAUAAAUCCCUCUCUUAUUCUUCUUCUUCUUCUUCAUCCUCAUUUCUUGCAACAACUAACAGGAGGGGUUUCAGAAGACUUGGAGUUGUAGUUUCAGCAGCAAUGGCGGAUUUGCCCACAGUUCUUGUUACCGGUGCCGGCGGUAGAACAGGCCAAAUAGUUUAUAAGAAAUUGAAGGAGAGGGCAGACCAGUUUGUUGCCAGAGGUUUGGUCAGAACAGAGGAGAGCAAGGAGAAAAUUGGAGGAGCCGAUGAUGUUUUGGUUGGAGAUAUAAGGAAUGCUGAUAGCAUUGUUCCUGCAAUCCAAGGUGUUGAUGCUCUCAUAAUUCUCACAAGUGCCGUGCCUAGGAUGAAACCUGGGUUUGAUCCAACUAAAGGUCAAAGGCCAGAGUUUUAUUUUGAAGAAGGAGCCUUUCCUGAGCAGGUUGACUGGAUUGGGCAAAAGAAUCAAAUAGAUGUUGCAAAAACUGCAGGAGUGAAGCAUAUUGUGUUGGUUGGGUCUAUGGGAGGAACAGACCUAAACCAUCCCUUGAACAGCUUGGGAAAUGGGAAUAUCCUGGUUUGGAAGAGAAAAGCUGAACAGUAUUUAGCGGACUCUGGAAUACCUUACACAAUUAUAAGGGCUGGAGGCUUACAAGAUAGAGAAGGUGGCAUCCGGGAAUUACUUGUUGGCAAGGAUGAUGAGCUUCUUAAGACAGAAACAAGGACCAUUACUAGGAAUGAUGUUGCAGAAGUUUGCAUUCAGGCACUCCAGUUUGAGGAAGCCAAAUUCAAGGCAUUUGAUCUGGCCUCAAAUCCUGAGAGAGUUGGUACACCAACGAAGGAUUUCAAGGCACUUUUUUCCCAGAUCACUACUCGAUUUUAAUCAGCAAUUGCCAUAAUUAUAAAUGGAGGACCAUUUUGAAUUUAAGACUGUGAUUCACCUUUGGACUGUAACAGACACAUAUUGCUUUGAGGAAAGAAACACAAGAAGCAGAACUAGGAAGUUAUCUGAAUGUGCAUGGGCCUUGAGCCAAUGCAUUCAUCAAGAAUAAGUUGAGUGCUAUCAAUUAGCAUAUCAUAAUCAGAUGCCUCUGAAAAUCUUAUUGAUGAACUUAUCUUCAAUUGUAUGUGUUAUAUUGAUGCUUGAGAUAAAAGUCAGUGCGACUGGCAGACUUGCAGUAUGUA